AUUAUUUUCGUGAUUAAAAAGAAAAAUAAAAACAGAAAUUCCCUGGGACAUGUGAAUGUGAUGAAUUUUUAACAAUUUAUUCUGAUCUAUUUUCACUGCGUUUCACUCUUUCACUGAUUUCAUCUUUUUUCCUUCUGAGAUUUCAGGAAUUUAAAAGAAAAAAAAAAGCAAAAUUUAAAUAAAUAAACCCUCUCUCUCUCCAACUCUCGCCAUUUCUGAGGCAGUUUUCUCUCACUAGCUCUCUCUCUCUCACACACACACUCACACAGUCACUCGUCAGCUGUGUCUCUCUCUGUAGCGAAUUACGAUAGCUUGUCGCUGUGAGCAAUGAGAAGGCAUGGCGGACAACGGUACCAUCACCUGAUCAAGAACGCCAAUGGCGGAGGAGUGAAGGGAAUGUUUAAAGUACUCUCAAUUGCGGUCAUUCUACUUGUGAUUUUCAUGCUGGCGAUUAUGAAGACUUUCAAUUCUCCUCUUCCUCCAGCCGAUAUUAAUGUGGAUACUCUUUGGCAAUCAGCUGCUGCUGGUGGUUGGAGACCAUCUUCUGCUCCUCGAUCCCAUUGGCCUCCUCCUACAAAAGAGACCAAUGGCUAUUUGCGUGUGAGGUGUAAUGGUGGUCUGACUCAGCAACGCACUGCGAUCUGUAAUGCCGUUGUUGCUGCACGGAUUAUGAAUGCUACUCUAGUGCUUCCUGAGCUGGAUGCAAACUCGUUUUGGAAUGAUACCAGUGGUUUCAAAGGACUCUAUGAUCUUGAGCACUUUGUCAAGACACUGAGAAAUGAUGUCAAUAUUGUGGAAAGGAUGCCUGAAUUUUGGGAGAAAAAUGGGAAGAGAAAGAAGAUUAAACCUUUUAAGAUUGACCCUCCUAGAGAUGCUCCUAUCAGUUGGUAUGAAACCAAGGCUUUAGAGAAGAUGAGGGAGCACGGCGCAAUUUAUCUUAGUCCUUUCUCACAUCGUUUAGCUGAAGAAAUCGACAAGCCUGAGUACCAGAGGCUGAGAUGUCGGGUGAACUAUCAUGCCCUUAAGUUUAAGUCGCAUAUUAUGGAGUUAAGUAAAUCAAUCGUGGACAGGCUUCGUGGACAAGGUCAUUUUAUGGCGAUACAUCUUCGCUUUGAGAUGGAUAUGCUGGCAUUUGCUGGGUGCUAUGAUAUUUUUUCACAAGCAGAACAAGAAAUUUUGAAGGAGUAUCGGAAGGUGAAUUUUGCACCAAAGGAACUUGUAUACAACCAAAGAAGGGCUAUUGGAAAAUGUCCCUUGACUCCAGAAGAGGUUGGUCUUCUGCUGCGUUCAAUGGGUUUUGACAACAAAACUAGAAUAUACCUUGCGUCUGGAGAACUGUUUGGUGGGGAGAGAUUUAUGGGGCCUUUUAGGUCCAUGUUCCCUCGGCUUGAGAACCAUAGUACUGUUGACAUCACUGGUGAGCUUGCUAAAAACACGAGGGGCCUGUUGGGUUCUGCUGUGGAUUACAUGGUUUGUCUUCUUGCUGAUAUUUUCAUGCCAACAUAUGAUGGACCAAGCAACUUUGCAAAUAACAUUAUUGGGCAGCGGCUCUACUAUGGUUUUCGUACUACACUUGUGCCUGAUCGAAAGGGUCUUGCUCCAGUGUACAUUGCUCGGGAAAAUGGGGAAACUGCUGGUUUUGAGGAAGCUGUUAGGCGUGUCAUGUUGAAAACCAAUUUUGGAGGACCCCACAAGCGGAUACCACCAGAGUCUUUCUAUACAAAUUCUUGGCCUGAAUGCUUCUGUCAAAAGUCAGCAAAGAAUCCUGCUGAUGAAUGUCCAGUGACAGAUAGUUCAGAAAGCUUGGAGAACAGUGGAACCUCUGAGGGUGUAUCUAUCAAGUCAAACUUGGUAUCCGAAACAGUAUAGUUGGAAUUUGAACCACUGUCCUAGGGAUUUAGCAAAGGAAUCACACGUAAUGCAUCUUCACGUUGCUAGCUGGAAUGUAUAAAUCAAUUUUACAGGUAUUCUUCAUCUGAUGUUCUACUUAUUGGUGCAUAUGGUUUUAGUUUUUGGUCAUUAUCUGGCUUAUAGCUUUUCCUCCUAGAACUUCAAAAAUUCAAUGUGCCAAAAGUAAAAAUGUUCAGAGACCUCGGGUAUUGUAGUUAUGGUUCUCUGCCUAUGGAACUUUUGAGCUAAGUCUACUCAUUAACAUGUUACUGCCCAAGUUACUAUUUUUGGGCGUUGGCACUAGUUUUCAUCCACUUUGCUUCUAAUGAGUUACUUCCCCUGAGAAACUUGUUGCUUGGUAUCGAACUAUGGGACACAAGAAGAUCUAUGUAUCAUGAACAUAUCUGGUUGUGUGAGUUGGUGUUUUUUUCCGACUCGUGUAGUUCUGUUGUACAUUUUGUGUGCACUGUUGUUCAGAGUAAUAUCCUUAUUCAACUUCUUGUCUACAGAUAAAUGUUCGGGAUGCUGGCCCUUGUUUUGUAAAGUAGAGUUUUGGCCAGGUGAUGGCAGUACAGAAGCCGUGCGUUUGAGGGAAGCAUACAGCGUAGAUUUAUUGUUUAACAAUUUUUUUCUUCCUCUUCUUUAUCAUCUGUUCUUUGUGCCGGAAAUUCUGAUUGAUUAAGAUAGGAAAGAGUUAAUAUGGGAAUAGCAAAUGAUUGAGCUACAUUUUCUCACGCCACGAAAACAUUCCUUCGAAGACUUCGAAAUGUAAAAUGUAUCUGGCUUACAAGUCAUUUUGUUCUCAGAACUUGUUAGUUGGUAUACAUAAGGGUCGCCAUGUUGUAUUAGCCUGCCUACUGUGUUUUAGUCGUUGAAUUGAAUUAUUAUUGCGUUUAAAGCUCUGUACAUGGUUUGCUGGAGCCUGAGAGAUUCAUGAUAAUUUUGCUUAAUCUCAAAACAGCCGUAUAUUAGGGCCCAGUUUAUUCUCCUCUCUGCUUGCUCUUCAAUUUUGUGACAGCCUGGAACUUUAUAGAUCCAACCUUUUUUACGAAAAUGUAAGCCAAGGAGAACGAGAUCCGCA